AUGGCAACGCGAAUAGAUGAAAUUUCGCUCUCUACGGCGGGCGGCAGCAUUGCCCAAAAGAUGGAUCCAGCCAGUACGAUGAUGGAGGAAACAGCACCAGAAGAACUCGAACUAGUGCCAACAACCUACGCCCAAGCAUUCCAGAUCUUCUUCUUUUCAUCCCAUGGCACGGGACCACUCCUCGUCAGCAUUUCUCUGGUAAUCAUGCUCGCCACAAGGAUGAUGCUGCUGGGGCCACUGUCUUGGAUGGACGCUGCAGUGUUUAUGGGCUCCAUUGUGUUUUGGUCCAUCCAGGAACAUUUUCUUCAUGCACAGGUACUACACUCCAAAGUGGACUGGUAUGGCAAGCAAAUCCAUCAGGCCCACCACGACAAACCAUACUUCAAUAUCACAAUCGACCCUGCACCCAUGAUGCUCAUAUGGAUGGCAACGGCAGGAGCUUUGCUUCGGUGUCUCUUUCCUCUCCCCAUUGCCAUUUCAGCCACUCUGGGGUAUGCCAUGGCGGGGUUGUUUUACGAAUGGGCACACUUUAUCGUACACACCAAAGUACGACCGGGCAGUGCCUUUAUGAAGCAAGUGCGAGACAAUCACAUGAGGCAUCAUCAAAUCGACACAAAGUACUGGUUUGCCUUCUCGUUGCCAUUGGUAGAUGAUCUCUUUGGCACCAACCCAGAUGUAAGACAAGUUGUGAAACAAAAGAGAGCCGCUGCAAAAAUGGCAAAAACACACACAAAGCAAUCAUAG